AGUGAAAAAAAUCAUGUAUAGUGGAUCAUCGCUAGUAGACUUAAAAGCUGAAUUAACAAGAAAAGAAGAACAGUUGAUACAAAAAUCUAAAAAACAUGAAGAAUAUAAUAGAAAAGGGAAUCAAACUUUCGCAAAGAGCAGAAUAUGGAAAAGAAUUAUUUAUUAUUAUUGAGUUGUAUCGUUUUGAUUUCUCUGGUUGUACGUUAUUGCGUGUCAUUGAAUUCAUAUUCUGGUGCCAACACACCUCCAAUAUUUGGAGAUUAUGAAGCCCAGAGACAUUGGAUGGAAAUUACAUAUCAUUUAAAUAUCACAGAUUGGUAUCAACAAACGAAAGAUAAUGACCUUAUGUAUUGGGGUCUUGACUAUCCCCCUUUAACUGCAUAUCACAGUAAAAUCUGUGGCUAUAUAGCAAACCUAAUUAAUCCUGAUUGGGUUGCGUUGAAGUCAUCUCGUGGUCAUGAAAGUUACCAACACAAGCUGUUUAUGAGAAAUAGUGUGAUGUUUGUUGAUGUUUUGAUCUACAUACCAGCUGUCAUAUUCUACUUUGCUACUGUGUUGAACAAAGUUUCAAAAGUCAAUCAAUUAUGCAUCUCAUGUUUUGUGUUGUUAUAUCCUGGACUUAUACUUGUCGAUCAUGGACACUUUCAAUAUAAUUGUGUUAGUUUAGGCUUGAUGUUGUUAGCUGUCAUCUCUUUCAUAAAAAACGCACAUCUAAUUGGCUCGAUAUGUUUUGUGUUUGCGUUGAAUUAUAAGCAAAUGGAAUUAUAUCACUCGUUACCAGUCUUCUUUUAUUUGUUGGGUGUAUGCUAUAAUCAGAAGAGUUGGUUUCAAAGUUUUGUAAAAUUGGCAUCAAUUGGAAUAACAGUCAUAUUUUCUUUUAUAUUGUGCUGGUUACCAUUUUUAAGAAGUGCUGAGUCAGCAUUGCAAGUGUUACGCAGACUCUUCCCAUUAAAUCGUGGUUUAUAUGAGGAUAAAGUAGCAAAUUUUUGGUGUGCAUUGUCCGCUGUUAUCAAGAUUAAGCACAUUCUGAAACAGGAACACAUUGUGUGGUUAUGCAUUACCACAACCUUACUGGUUUGUUUACCUUCUGGUAUUAACCUGUUUGUGUGUGCUUCGAAGAAGAAGUUUCUCUUCGCACUGGUAAACUGUUCGCUGGCGUUUUUUUUGUUCUCUUAUCAAGUUCAUGAAAAGUCGAUACUCAUUGUAGCUUUACCGGUUUGUUUGGUUUUUCCUUAUACUCCUGUUGCAAGUGUUUGGUUUCUUGCAGUAUCAACUGUCAGUAUGUAUCCACUGUUGUUUCGUGAUGGACAAGCUGUGUCAUAUUUUGCGUUGCUCGCCAUCUUUCUGGUCGCUUCAAUGUUUAUAGUUGAUCUAAAGUCACAUUCAAAAUGGCUGAAAUUAUGUAUUGGUUUUUCGUUGUUCGUCAAUAUUUCUGUGCACAUUUUACACGCUACCGUGAAACCUCCAGAACGUCUCCCUGAUAUAUUUCCAUUAUUGUUUGCAGUUAAUUCGUGCGUCCAUUUUCUACUGUUUUUAAUUUAUUUUAAUUAUAUGCAAAUUAUUUGUAAUGAUGACAAUAAAUUAUGUAAUUUAUAUGUUUGUCAUGAAAGCAAAGAGAGAAAACUUAAAUAGAA